AUGCUUACCAUCAACAAGCCAGUGCAGUACGGCUACAGAUCCGUCCAUGAUCUACCUACCCCGCCGAGCACCUCCCGACCUUCUCCCCCGUUAGUAUUUCAGGAUUUUGUGCAACAACAGAAAGCGACGCUCGCCAUCUUCCGAAGCAGCAGCCCGCCCGGUCAGUCCAUGUCUGCGCCUCACCGUGGCUUGCCUCCGCCGGCGGCCCUGACUCCGGUUCAGCCGCCUUCUGGAUCCGGGCCUUCCCAAGCUCCUCCUCUACCACCACCUCCCCAAAGCCAGUCUCUGGGUCAGUUCCCGGCCGCUCCCUCAUGGCAGCACGUGUCAGAGGAGUCAAUGCGAGCUUGGCUGCUCGCCAAGGCCGAGGAGGAGAAGAGAAGGCAAGAGGAAGAGAAAACGCGACAGGAGAGCUACCGCCUCGAGCAGAGGAGGAUGGAGCACGAUAUCCUGCGGACAUCUUUGCAGGGCGGGAUUCCGCCACCCAUGGUUCCCGUCGUGUUUGCGGGGAUGAGCGGGGGAGUCAUUUCUCAAGCUGCCUUGGAAUGGGCGCAGCAAUACGUGCUCUCGCAGUCUCAGCAGCAGCAACACCCGCCAGCACUGAUGCCACCCGGGCCGAUCUCCCCAGAACACCAGAGGCGAGACUCGCAAGCCCAGACAUACGCCCAGUAUCCCACCUCGGGAGGGGUUCCUUCGACGCCGGGUUCGGGACAAGGACCUCCAAGCGCGUACAUGCCUGGCUACCCGGGGUCCCCAACCAGGCCUCGGGGACAGAGCAUGCCUGGACCGAUGGGAGGGCGAUCUCACGGCGGGGUAUCAAAUCUCCCGAGCUUAAACACCAACGUCCCGGGAGGACCGGGAGGGCCAGGAGCAACCCCGUCGGCUUCCCACCCGGGAAUUGUCCAGUCUCAGUCGCAACCGGAGUCGCAACCGUCGCCGUCAAUCUACUUCCAUCACUGGCAGCCGCCGGCAAGCCAGGGAGGAGGAGGGGGAGGAGCACGGAGCGGGACCGACCAGCCUGGCACGCCCUCAGUAGGUGAGUCGCCACGGAAGCGGAAAGCCCCUGGACCGCAGCCACCGGUGCCGCCGCCGGGCGCAUCACAGCGACUCCGGUCGCCACCAUUUUCGCACAGCGUGGGUCUGUCAAACCCCCCACCGGGACGCAGGAGGGGCCACUCGCGGCAGCGAAGUGACCUGGGAUCAUACCGCGCUGGUGGGAGGGGGCGUGGGGAGAGUGGCAGCGGCAGCUUUGGGGCGCCGCGAGAGGCGUCGCCUAUGCACAGGGAUGGCGGCGAGUCAUUUUCCUUUUUGCAUCACCAGCAGCAGCAGCAUCCGCAGCAUCAGCAACAGCAUCCGCAACAGCAUCAGCAUCAGCACCAGCACCAGCAGGCACAGGGACAAGGACCACAGCCGCAACAAGCGCGAGCACGGGCGGGCGCCCACUCGGUUUCGUCGCUCCUGUCCGACGCUCCGCAGUCGCCGCGGGCGACAGCACAAUUCGCAGCUCUAGCUGGGCCACCGGGCAUGAGGGGCCAACACGGUGGUGAAGGCGACGGCAGGAAUUCCCCACGGUCGUUGGAAGAAAAAGCGCGCGGUGGAGUGCUAGGAUCGACAGCCACGCAGCCAGGAGAUAACGACUGA